UGCUGGCACAGUUAUUUCCACUUGGCGGCAAGGUCAGCGCGACAUGCAAAUUGAAAAGCGCCGCACGGGCAAGAACAAAGGCCAAAGGAUGCGUAGCAACAACAGCAACAUCAUCUACGGGAGAAAAAACAAAAACAACAGCAGCAACAUCGACUAACGAAAAUGUUUGAGAAAUAUGUCGCCACAUAUGUGCGCGCGUGUGAGCAAGUGAAAUUAAAAUUCCCGCAUGCCUAAUGAAUUCGCCCGCUCGUUCGCCAUCCCUCUCCCACAACCGUAAUGCGUGUGUGUACCAGUGUGUGUGCGUGUGUGUCGCUGACUUCGGAAUGACAACAAAAACAACAACUAAAGCAGCGACAACUAAAACAAUGGAUUGCUAAGCUGUCUUAGAAAAAAAUAUAUAAAAAGGAGAGUCAAAGAGAAAGAGAAAGUGGACGAAAGAGAGAGAGAGCGAGUGAGAGGUGAAGAAAAAACGAAAGCAAAAGUGAAACUUGCAGCGAAGAAAGGAGCUGUGAGCAGGGAAGCGGCGGCGGUUAAGCAACGACAAUCGGGGGCAUGUCCACAGCCAAAAGGCUGGUGCUCUCGCUACGUGGACGCAAGAACUCGCAGGGCAACUCGGCGACCUCAUCCACUCGCCUGGUAUCCGCCGGCACAUCGCCCGGCCAUGAGCUGGACGAAAUAGCGGUGGUCUCGGGCACCGGAUCCAGCAGUCACCACUUCUCCUAUGGCGGCUGCCUCGCCACCGGCGAUGCGCCUCUGCCGCGCUACUCAACAGAUCUAGGACCAAAGUUUGGCAUGACCCAGCCGAAAUUCGGGCAGAGUGUCUCGCAACAAGGUUUCUUCACUUCGCACGACAGCCUGGCCACACCAUGCGCCUCCAGGGCCUCCAACUCGCACAUGGCCACCGUAAGCACUGCCUCCGAAAUGGAUCUUCUGCACAACAAGCAACGCAACAAGUCGCGGGGUCGCCUGAAAGCGGCUGCCAGCGGCGAUCAGCCGCUCCUGGGCACCUGGAAUCGAUCCACCGGCCGCGGCUCGCAGGAUAACACACUGGCCGGCGGCGGAGCCACCAGCUUGGCCAUGGGCGGCCACAACCAGUACGGUGGCAACUACUGCAACGGCACAGAUCGCUACCCGCGCUCCCGAUCGCAGCAGCAGGGGCACCACAAUGCCGCCCAGCAGGCGCAUCACCCCUACCAGCUGCAACACUCGGCCUCCACGGUGUCGCACCACCCGCACGCACACGGUCCACCCUCGCAGGGCGGAGGGCCUGGUGGUCCGGGACCUCCCCAUGGCGGCGGCCAUCCGCAUCACACGCACCACGGUGGCGCCGGCGGCGGAGGCGGUGGCGGGCCAGGAUCGCACGGCGGGCAGCCGCACCACCAGAAGCCACGGCGAACGGCCUCGCAAAGGAUUCGAGCGGCGACGGCGGCCCGGAAGCUGCACUUCGUCUUCGAUCCGGCGGGGCGACUGUGCUACUACUGGUCCAUGGUCGUGUCCAUGGCCUUCCUGUACAACUUCUGGGUGAUAAUCUACCGCUUCGCCUUCCAGGAGAUCAACCGGCGCACGAUCGCCAUCUGGUUCUGCCUGGACUACCUGUCCGACUUCCUGUAUCUGAUCGAUAUACUGUUCCACUUUCGCACCGGCUACCUGGAGGACGGGGUGCUGCAGACGGACGCCCUGAAGCUGCGCACCCACUACAUGAACUCGACGAUCUUCUACAUCGACUGCCUGUGCCUGCUGCCGCUGGACUUCCUCUAUCUGUCCAUCGGCUUCAACUCGAUCCUGCGCAGCUUCCGGCUGGUGAAGAUCUACCGCUUCUGGGCCUUCAUGGAUCGCACCGAGCGGCACACGAACUACCCAAAUCUGUUCCGGAGCACGGCCCUCAUCCACUACCUGCUUGUGAUAUUCCAUUGGAACGGCUGUCUCUACCACAUCAUCCACAAGAACAAUGGAUUUGGAUCGCGCAACUGGGUCUACCACGACUCGGAGUCGGCGGACGUGGUCAAGCAGUAUCUGCAGAGCUACUACUGGUGCACCCUGGCCCUGACCACCAUCGGGGAUCUGCCCAAGCCGCGGUCCAAGGGGGAGUACGUCUUCGUGAUCCUGCAGCUGCUCUUCGGCCUCAUGCUCUUUGCCACGGUCUUGGGACACGUGGCCAACAUUGUGACGUCAGUGAGUGCAGCCCGAAAGGAAUUUCAAGCCAAGCUGGAUGGCGUGAAGACGUACAUGCGGAUGCGACGUGUGCCGAAUCAUCUGCAGGUGAAGGUCAUCAAAUGGUUCGAUUACCUGUGGCUUACGCAAAAAUGCUCGGACGAGGAGCGCGCCGUGUCCUGUCUUCCUGAUAAAUUAAAGGCUGAAAUAGCAAUUAACGUCCAUUUAGAUACACUUAAGCGGGUGGAGAUUUUCCAAAACACCGAGGCCGGAUUCCUGUGCGAACUGGUUCUGCGCCUGAGGCCCGUGCUCUUCUCGCCCGGCGACUAUAUCUGCAGAAAGGGCGAGGUGGGCAAGGAGAUGUACAUUGUGAAUCGAGGACGAUUGCAGGUGGUGGCCGACAAUGGAAAGACGGUGAUGGCCUCCCUGAAGGCUGGUUCCUAUUUUGGCGAGAUUAGUAUACUCAAUAUGGGCACCGCAGGCAACCGACGCACAGCCAGCGUUCGCUCGGUGGGAUACAGCGACCUCUUCGUCCUGAGCAAGAAGGACAUGUGGGACGUGCUGAAGGAGUAUCCGGCGGCGCGUGUUCGUCUGGAGUCGAUAGCCGUCAAGCGAUUGGAGAAGUACAAGAAGGCCCCGCUGGAGAAAGUCAAAUACUUUAAUGUAGUUGCCAUGGGCCGCUGUCAAUCGACGCCGGGCUUGGUCGAGAGCUGCGGCCGCACCUCUCUGGAGGAGAUGUGGCUGCCGCCGGCGACGGUGAUGCACCACCACCAGGCGCUCCAGCAGCAACAGCAGCAGCAGCAGCUGCAGCAGCCAUACCAGGCGGCCCAGCAGCAGCACCUGCCACAUCGUCAGGAGUCGACGCAAACCUCCUCUCAGACGCACGGGUACAGUUAUGCCGAUCGCUUGGUCCGGGCCACUGACUCCCCCAGAUCGGUUAGCCCCAGUGCCCAUGGAUCCGAGGAACGACCACGUAGUCGAACGACUUCACAUCACUCGAUAAGACCGCAAUCUCAGCCCAGCCACACGGGUCACAUUUGCGACUCCAGUUCGCACCUGGAGUGCUACGGAGCUGGUGUGGGCGGGGCUGGUGGUGGAACCACGCCCCUUUUGGGCUCCCACGAAGUUCUCGAGGAUGAGAUCAAGAGGCUGAGGGAACGACUGCAUACGGUGGAAUCGGAGAAUCAGGCCCUCAAUACGAAGCUCUCGCAGCAGCAAUGGGAUCUGGAGAAUCGACUGGCCGAGAUCGAGAUGCAGAUCUGCGGAGUGUCGUCCACAUCCAGCGUGGAUCCCGAGAACGAGACGGAGGAGCUGGAACGGAACAGAGAGAGUAUCAUAUAACACGGGAGCGUGCUGCCCCAUCAGGCGAUCGGUAUGGUGUACAUAUCAUGUUCCUCAUGAUUCCACGAUCAUCAUUGAUCAUCUGAACAACUGACUGCAUCCGGCGAUCGGGCGAUUUGGAUCAUUAAACCGCAUCAUAUCGCAUCUAUCUCGCAUCUCGCUUCCCCAAUCUCCCACUCUCUAUCUGUCUCGUAUUUGUGUUUCUCCCUGUCUCUUUCACUCACUGUGUUUUUGUAUUUGUGUGUAUGUGUGUUAUGCAUGCAAUCCAAAUUGCCUUACUAACGAAAAAACAAAAAAUCAAAUAAAAAAUAAACAUAACCAGGAGCAGCAACAGCUAUACAGCAGCAGGAGGAUCGGAGGAAUCAGGAGAAUCAGAAUCAGGAUCAGGAGGAUCACGGGCGGCCAAUCGAAAGUGAAAUGGCGACUCAGACCUGUGCCAAAUACUUUUCGCUCUAGAGAGCCAUAACGAGAGAGAUAGAGAGGGGAGGACAGGGCGUCAGAUGUGAAGCCCCCCAGAUGAAGAUGUGCAAUUAAUAUCUCUUAUGAUCCCGCAACACCAAAAGUAAAUGCAAAAAGCCAAUAAUGGCACUGCCAAAGAAUAUUCUCUGUACAUAGAAAUGGAAGAAAUUCAGAUCAAAAUAUACGCAAAACGAUUGUAAUUGAUUUAGUUGUGCACAAGCGAUCGGAGAAGCUUUAGUAGAUAAUCCGAGAGAACUCUUUCCAGAACCCCUAAGAACUUGUUACCCAAACACUUACACUUUUUCCAUACUAAGCUCAGAAAUAGAUUGAGAUUUACAUAGAUAUCAUUAGGCCUAGACGCUCUUCGCUCCUUUUAAUGGUUACUAAACCAAACCGAAACGGGUAUUCGAAUUCCCAUUGUAAAUACUUUCGCUCUAGGAACUCAAUUAGCAUUAUGGUCAAUGACAUAAGUAUGGAUCAUCUGAAAAAAUAACUAAAAGAUUACUUUAACUCAUGGGUGUAACAAAUGAAUCGUAUAUCUAUUGUAAUAUUUGCUAAUUGUAAUUCGAAAAACAAAAAUUUACUAGAUGUGUAUAUGGGAAACGAUUUACUUUACAACUGAAAAUAAUGCAUAAACAAUUUAUGGACAACUAAGUGAAUAUUUGCAAAAUAUUUGUACUAUUGGAAAAGAACUGCCAGAGCAUACACCACACACUCGAAAAACUAUAUUAAUAAUAAUAAUAAACAUAAAGAAAACUCAAAGAAAACGCUAAGGACAUUAAACUAUUAAUACAACCAAUAUUAAUGAGUAGAUAUGUCAAAGAGAAAACACUUUUAAUGCAAUAUUAUAUUGUACUACUGUCGUAUAUAGUAUCUACAUUAUACAUGAUCUACAUUACACUUGAUAUGGUAAAAAUUUAAAGGUCUAAAUGUAUUUAAAUUUAGUUAGUUGCCCCAAAAGCCAAAAACAAUGCUGAAGAUCGUAGUUGAGACAAAAAAAACCAAGAUUAAUUUAGGCAAGAGGGUUCUGUAGCAGAACACAGAACGCAGUUCACGAAUCCCCAUAAUAUGGGGCCUGCGAUAAAGAAGAAACAAAAGAUUUAGCUGUAAUUCUAGUUAUACCUAGUUAUACCAUUAGAUGUGUACCAGAGAAGACCAAAAAAAGAUCGAAUCUCGAUCGAUUAAGAAAAUUGUUCAGUGUCAACUCCCCAAAUAUUGAAAACCACAAGCUGAGUUGAUAAGGAAAUCUAUUAAUUCUAAGCAAACUCGAAUAAGAACCUAAACCUUACAGAAUGAGCAGGCGUUUGAGCCAGGAUACGUUUGAGUAUCUGCCGAGAAAACGGAAACUGGAACGAAACUCAUUUCAUGCCAACAAUAUAAAGGCCAAAAACUUAAGCUCAAAUUUUGUUAGGAUUUUUCUUAGAUUUUUAUCAACGAGGUUAACUUAUUUUCCUUUUUCUAGAAAACAAAUAGAAGGAAAUUCUUUUUUCGUAUUUUUCAACCUAAUUACUUUUUGGAAUAUCAUAUAACGGAUUAAAAAUUAAUUAAUAAUUACAAUAAACAUUAAAUGGGGUUUCAUCUAAGACAAAGCUUAUACCGAACAAGAAAAGUGUUGAACGAGAACUUUUAAGGGUUUAUCGUAUUUUUGAUUCCUUAGUUAGCCAAUUAUUGCCAAGGUUAAAGUUGAAUAAUAUAACUAAAUUAAAUUACAUUUUUAUGGCUUAUUAGCACGCUUAUCGCAGGGCGGAGGCUCUGUCCCCUGUUAGUAUUAUUCCCUCUGAUUUCUUCAAUGUUUUCCGUUAGAGCCCGUAUAGACAUAUAUCUAUUUGUUAUUGAACGUAAAAUACAAGGAACUACAUCGAUUCGGUUGUGUUGUUGACGCCAGGUGAAGGAGGAAUAGUUGGCGAGUUUGAAUGGCUUACAUAAUAAUAAUUUUAAAAUUAUUUGAUGCAUUGAGAUCUAUGAAAGAAAGAAAACAAAACAAAAGAAGAACAUUUAUAGCUUUAUUUUUACUAUAAAUUAAUUAAUUAAUUUAUAAGGACUAAAAAGUAAAUUAAUUCAGCAUUAACUUCAUAGCAAAAACACAGAGAAACACCAAAGUUCUCAGAUCAUCGGGCGAGAAAAGGCAUUUUUAAAAUCGGUCACUAUAAAUCAGAUCAGAUCAGACAAGGCCCCGAUUUGCAGCAGGUAAAUCGAGCUUAUCGUGCGAGAGAGUUUCAAAGCCGUUUACAUUGCUGAACCACUCUAAAAUCUGAAAAGGGUAAAAAAGAAAACCAAAACAAAUGGAAUUAUAAAAUAAAAACGGCAACCAAA